CUACAGCAGAUUGGUGACCAGAAAAAGACCUACCAGCAAAUAGGACAUAAAUCAGCGAGUGAUAUGGUUUUCAUCACAAAGACGCUGGGUGCAGGGAGUUGCUAUGACUACCCAGGCAUUAGGAAGGUGAUUCAUGUGAACUCAUACAUCGUUCUCCCUCCCAAGAGGCCACGUCACUGGGACCCGCCUGAGGAUGAGCCCAAGCAUAGUUCAGAUUUACAGACUCAUGAUGGAAGUAAUGGGCUGAAGAGAACUAAAAAGAUUACUGACUAUGGUAGAACUUCAUCCUGUAUCAACACUGAACAUAUUCUAACAGGAGAGAAAUUACCGGACCAUAAUCAAUGUGGAAAAGUCCUCGGUUAUAAACAAAUACCUUGUCAAUAUCAGAAAGUUCAUACUGGGGAGAAAUCAUAUGAAUGUGCUGACUUUGGAAAGAUUUUUACCCAGAAGUCACAGCUCAGAGUACAUGUGAAGUCUCCUACAGGAGAAAAACUCUACGUGUGCGUCGAAUGUGGAAAGGCAUGCUCUCAGAAGUCAGAGUUCCUCACACAUCAAAAAACCCACACCAGGGAGAAGCCCUAUAAAUGCGGUGACUGUGGAAAGUCCUUUUUCCAAGUAUCUUCUCUGUUCAGGCACCGGAGGAUUCACACUGGAGAAAAGCUCUACGACUGUAGCCAUUGUGGGAAAGGCUUCUCUUACAACUCAGACCUCAGGAUACAUCAGAAGAUCCAUACAGGAGAGAAACGCCAUGGCUGCGUCGACUGUGGCAAAGCCUUCACACAGAAGUCCACACUGAAGAUGCACCAGAGGAUCCACACGGGCGAGAGGGCCUAUGUCUGCAUUGAGUGUGGCCAGGCUUUUAUCCAGAAGACACACCUGGUCGCACACCGAAGAAUUCACACUGGAGAAAAGCCAUAUGCAUGUGACAGCUGUGGCAAAGCCUUCCUUUCCAAGUCCCAACUCCUGGUCCACCAGCGAAUUCACUCAAGAGUGAGGCCCUGUGUAUCUCUCGACCGUGCGAAACCCUUCAGCAGCACUCCCAACCUCCUUACGCGUAAGAAAGUUCAAAUGAGAGAGAAAUCGUCCAUCUGUGCUGAGUGUGGGAAGGCCUUUACCUACAGGUCGGAGCUAAUCAUUCAUCAGAGAACGCACACCGGAGAGAAGCCUUAUCAGUGCGGGGACUGUGGCAAAGCCUUCACCCAGAAGUCAGCCCUCACCGUACACCGAAGAAUCCACACAGGGGAGAAGUCGUAUGUGUGUGUGCAGUGCGGGCUAGCUUUCGUGCAGAGGGCACACUUGGAUGCACAUCAGGUGAUUCACACUGGAGAAAAACCUUACCAAUGUGGUCACUGUGGGAAAUUCUUCACUUCCAAGUCGCAACUCCAUGUGCACAAGCGGAUUCACACAGGGGAAAAACCCUAUGUGUGCAGUUACUGUGGGAAGGCCUUUGCCAACAGGUCAAAUCUCAUCACACAUCAGAAAACUCACACAGGGGAGAAAUCCUAUGUAUGUGCAAGGUGUGGAAAAGCAUUCACUCAGAGGUCAGACCUGGUUACACACCAGAGGAUACAUACUGGAGAGAAGCCCUAUGGGUGUAGCACCUGCGGGAAAGCCUUUACCCAGAAAUCACAUCUCAGUAUACACCAGAAGAUUCACACCGGAGAGAGACAGUACAAAUGCCGAGACUGUGGGAAAGCCUUCAACCAGAAAUCGAUACUCAUUGUGCACCAGAAAAUCCACACGGGGGAGAAACCCCACGUGUGUGCCGAGUGUGGGCGAGCUUUCAUCCGCAAGUCCAACUUCAUCACCCAUCAGCGCAUCCAUACUGGUGAGAAACCUUAUGGAUGCACCGACUGCGGCAAGUCCUUUACCUCCAAGUCGCAGCUCCUGGUGCACCGGCCAAUCCACACCGGUGAGAAACCUUACGUGUGUGUCGAGUGUGGGAAAGCCUUUAGCGGCAGGUCAAAUCUCAGCAAGCACCAGAAGACUCACACUGGGGAGAAGCCAUACGCAUGUUCAGAGUGUGGGAAGUCCUUCAGGCAGAAGUCAGAGCUGAUUACACACCACAGAAUCCACACUGGGGAGAAGCCGUACGAUUGCAGUGACUGCGGGAAAUCCUUCACUAAGAAAUCCCAGCUCCAAGUGCAUCAGCGAAUUCACACAGGAGAGAAGCCGUACAGAUGUGCCGAGUGCGGGAAGGCCUUCACCGAUAGGUCCAAUUUGAAUAAACAUCAAACAACACACACCGGAGAGAAACCUUAUAAGUGUGUGGUCUGUGGGAAAGGCUUUGUGCAGAAGUCAGUGCUCAGCAUUCAUGAGAGUGUUCACACCUCGGCAGUAUGAGAAAGGACCCAUUGAGGACACGUCUUAUGUAAUUACUGUCUCUAUAGGACAGAGUAAUAUGUAUAUUAUUGUAAUUAAAAAUGCUACAUGACAGUGUCACACAGUACUGCUCAGAAAAGGAUCUCAGAGAAGGCACUGAAUGGGAUUAUGGGGCAGGAUAUUUCUACUUGCUGAGAAGAAAUUGCAUCAAUUUGACACAAUAGAAGCUUUCUCAUGGUAAAAAACACAGUGGAACAUUGUCAUCAAGUUCUUCACAAGAAAGAUUGUGUCAACUCAUGUUGAUGCAAAAAUCCUGUUGGUGGAAUAUGUCUACUGCCAACUAAUUAAAUGAAUGGUUUCCCCAUUUACCAUGACGAGUCCAUACUCAUGCCUGACUGUGCGUUGUGGAGACUGACCCUGGCUUGUCAUACCGAGUUCCUCCAGUGCUUUCUAUUUGGCUGCAGAGGAGGAUCCAACAGAGAUGGCCAACUUCCCUACAACUUUCCAGACUUUGCCUUCAGGCUUUACCUGAUACUAACCUGCUUAAUGAAAGGAAAGCUGGGAAAUGUGUGGAUGCUUCUUCCUGGAGUUCACUGCCACGAUUCCAGAACCUCAAAGUGACUGGGGAAAAAUUUAAGAAGCCCCUUCAUCCUUCCCUCUACACACGCAGUUCUCUUCAACUCCACCAAGAACCCAAAGGGUAGACCUUUAUCCCACUUCCCAGGGUACCCGAAUCAGUGGGGUGGAGGCAUCAAGAAAAGAUGGUCUUUGAAAGUCAGGUGGUCCA